AUGACUUCGCAGGACGUACUGAAGAACGCGUCCACUCUCGCGUCGUACAAUGUGCUGCUACAGGUGAUGUUCCGUGUGCUCACCUUUUUAUUGAACGCUUUCACGCUACGCUUUGUAUCAAAGGAGCUAAUUGGAGUGGUGAACGUCAGGCUUACAUUACUUUACUCCACAUUAGUAUUUUUGUCCAGAGAGGCCUUUCGAAGAGCCUGUUUGAGUGGCUCUGCUGGCACUAAGCACAACUGGAGGAGGCUUAUCAACCUGCUAUGGCUGACGUUGCCUUUAGGUGUACUAUGGGGAGUCCUGUUGGCCACUGUGUGGCUGUGGCUACUGGAGGUGCCAGAUCCUCAAGUGGUUCCUUUCUACGGCCCUGCCGUGUUGAUGUUUACUCUCGCCGGGGUGCAGGAGCUCUUGGCUGAGCCGCUGUGGGUGCUGGCCCAGGCUCACAUGUUUGUGAGGCUAAAAGUGGUUGCAGAGAGCUUAGCCAUGUUGGCUAAGUGCAGUAUGACGGUGAUGCUGGUGGUGUUUGCCCGUGAGUGGGGCCUUUACAUCUUUUCUGUGGCUCAUCUGGUUUACACAGGAGUCCUGGUACUGUGUUAUGCACUUUACUUUCUUCGUUACUUGCCAUCCAAAGAGGCAGCUGAGAGCAAUUUCCCCCUGCGUAAGAUUAGAGAUCUGAUGCCUCACACAGCUAAUGGAGAGCCUCUGUUGGAUUGGACUGUGGCUCGGCUCACCUGGAGCUUCUUUAAGCAGUCGUUCCUCAAGCAAAUCUUGACUGAGGGCGAACGCUACGUUAUGACAUUCCUCAACGUCCUCAGCUUUGGCGACCAAGGUGUUUAUGACAUCGUCAACAAUCUAGGCUCCAUGGUGGCACGCUUUAUCUUCCUGCCGAUUGAGGAGAGUUUCUACAUUUUUUUCGCCAAAGUGCUGGAGCGAGGCCGCGAUGUGAAAAGCCAAAAACAGGAAGACGUUGGUGUUGCUGCUGAUGUGCUACAAUGCCUGCUCAAACUGGUGCUGGUUAUUGGACUCAUCAUUGCAGUCUUUGGGUAUGCCUACUCGAGACUAGCUUUGGAUAUUUAUGGUGGAUCUCUACUGAGCAGUGGGGAAGGUCCAGCCCUGCUGCAAUGCUACAGCUGCUACGUCCUCCUGCUAGCUAUAAAUGGCGUGACCGAGUGUUUUGUGUUUGCAGCCAUGAGCCAAGAGGAGGUUGACAAGUACAACUUGGUGAUGCUAGCUGUGUCCGCAUCGUUCCUUUUCCUGUCCUACAUGCUGACUUGGUGGGCAGGCGGUGUGGGCUUCAUCUUGGCCAACUGUCUGAACAUGGCCCUGCGCAUCACGCAUAGCGUCCUAUACAUUCGGCGCUACUUUUCGUCCAGUCCGUGGAAACCUCUUCAAGGCCUACUGCCCUCACCGCUGUUGUGCCUGGCACUCAUUGUCAGUGCUGUGAUUACAGCUAUCAGUGAGGCUGUUUUCUGCUGUGACAGUGGCUGGUUCCUCCGGUUGGUCCAUGUCAGCGUGGGAGCGCUAUGUCUACUUUUUGUUCUCGGAGCCGUUAUGCUCACAGAAACUCAACUUAUAGUAUUUGUGAGGACUCAACUUUUGCCCCAGUACAGGAAAAAACGUACUUAA